UCCAUGGGCAACCCAAGACAGUUCCGACAGCAUUGUCAAGCCACCAGCACACCAACUACGAAAACCAACAGUUAUCCAGCUGCAAAUCUAGUCAUGGCCCUGAUCAAGAUCACCCUAAUUUGCUGCGCUUUGAUCGCCGCCAUUGAGUGUGCCCUGCUCCCGGGAGCAGUUCCAUUGGGAGUUCCCCUCAACACCGAGGUGGAUCCGCAUCCACAGUACGCCUUCGCCUAUAAUGUCCAGGAUGCAAUCACCGGGGACAGUAAGAGCCAGCAGGAGGUGCGGGAUGGCGAUGUGGUCAAGGGUUCCUACUCCGUUGUGGAUGCUGAUGGAUCUCUGCGCACUGUUUUCUACACCGCCGAUCCCAUCAAUGGAUUCAAUGCGGUGGUGCAGCGUGGACCUGUUCCGGUGGCUCCUCGUCCUUUGGUGGCUCCAGUGGCUGGCCCCCUGCUGGGCUAGGAACUCGAAGCUUUAGAAUUUAACCCACUGCUUGUUAACUAGGUUUUACAUAACUUAUUGUCUGCUCCUUAGUCCGUUGUACACUCAUAUAUCCAUUAAUAAUAAAUUCAGUAAGCCAAAGAUAAUGAUGCACCUAAGAUUUGCUUACAUCUGCAUAUAGCUUAUUAGUUAGUUUAUAAAACAUAACUUGGAAAAACCGCCAAGUCUAAAACCGUUUAAUGCCUACAAUUAAUAAAAAGUGUAAUACAGUA